CUUGCCAAUCAAAUUCAAAAUCACACCCACAUCAUUCUUUUCUUCGUUCUGUAAAGGGGAAAGCCAAACACACUCACACACUAACUGUGUCUCCUUCUUUCGGGCCAACAGCCACUGAGAACGCCGAGAAAAUGGAUGGGCAUGAUGGUGAUGCUUCAAAGCAAAGCACUGCUGAUAUGACUGCUUUUGUACAAAACCUUCUUCAACAAAUGCAAUCCAGGUUUCAAGCAAUGUCGGAAUCAAUUAUUACAAAGAUUGAUGAGAUGGGCAACCGGAUUGAUGAGUUGGAACAGAGCAUCAAUGAUCUUAGAGCUGAGAUGGGUCAAGAGGGCUCUCCAUCUCCGUCAGCACAGCCGAAGUCAAAAGAUGAGCCAAAGUCAGCUGAUGAUUCUGCUUAGAUUGAGCAAUGACAUGUUGCGUUGGAUAUUUGUGGGUUGGUCAUGAUACUAUUAGUUGGAAACAGUAAACGAUAAUUUUGUGACUACUUGGAAUGCCUAAUUUCAUCUGCCAUGGCAUUCUCUGCCUAUCAUUGUACCAAGAUAUGGAGUGCCUUCUGGUUUGCCGUUUUUAUUCCUUAAAUCUGUUUGUGAAUCGUGUAGAACUUGAAAAGCGUUAUAAGAACUCAUUUGGUUGUUUGUUCUUAUAAAUAUCGAGAAUGACUGAGUUUAAAGUGCAGCGCCAUUUAAUACAAA